GGAAGUCACAUCAGGAUGUUGUCAUUCUCUAGAUCUAUUGCUUUCUCUGUAUUGUUUAAGAUUUGGUUUGGUUUCAGUGUGGUGACGUUUCGUGGCACAGCGGGAGACAGUCUGCGUCACGAUGAGGAGGAGCAGUGUGGAGACUAUGAGGUGUACACCACGGGGAUGCAGACUGUGGACCUCGGGGAGUGCAGGACAAGACAGGACCCCACUGAAGAUACAUUUACAGUGGAGGAUGCAGUGGAGGCCAUUGGCUUUGGAAAGUUUCAGUGGAAGCUUUCUAUCCUUACUGGACUGUCAUGGAUGGCGGACGCCAUGGAGAUGAUGAUCCUGAGCGUCAUAUCCCCUCAGUUGCACUGUGAGUGGAUGCUGCCCAGCUGGAAGGUGGCUAUGCUAACAUCGGUGGUGUUCAUUGGGAUGAUGUUCAGCUCGACUCUAUGGGGAAAUAUAUCUGACAAGUACGGCAGAAAAGUAGGCCUGACGAUGUGCAUGAUGUGGGUCCUAUACUACGGCUUCCUCAGUGCCUUUUCCCCGGCGUAUGGCUGGGUCAUGGUGCUGCGCGGCCUGGUGGGCUUUGGCAUUGGAGGAGCCCCACAGUCGGUGACGUUGUACUCCGAGUUCCUCCCAAGGAAGUCAAGGGCCACCUGCAUUAUGCUGAUUCAGAUAUUCUGGGCCCUAGGCGCUGUGUUCGAGGUCCUUCUGGCCAUCUGGAUCAUGCCUACCAUGGGCUGGCGGUGGCUGCUUGGCCUGUCUACUGCACCCCUGGUGGUCUUUGUUAUCUUCUGUUUUUGGCUGCCUGAGAGUCCUCGCUUUGAUGUGCUUUCGGGAAACAGGGAAAAUGCUAUGAAAACGUUAAGACACAUCGCUGCUGACAAUGGGAAGACCAUGCCUCUUGGGAAGCUUAUUGCCAAUAAACAGGAGGAGCGUGGUAGGAUCCGAGAUCUCUUAACUCCUCAAUAUCGCAGAACCACCCUUCUCCUGUGGUUUAUAUGGUUUGCCAAUGCCUUCUCCUACUAUGGCUUGGUCCUCCUGACCACUGAGCUAUUCCAGGCAGGAGAUGCAUGUGGUGUCAUCACCCAAGGUGCAAAGACUGAGCCAAAGUGCAACCUGGAAUGCAAAUACUUGACGUUAGAUGACUACAAAGACCUACUCUGGACCACCUUAGCUGAAUUUCCAGGUCUUUUUGUGACAUUGUUUUUGAUCGAUCGGAUUGGCAGGAAGAAAAGCAUGGCAAUGUGUUUCCUGAUGUUCUCUGUGUGCAUUCUGCCCCUGUACGCUUGUGUUGGAAGGGUAGCUCUGACAGUCUUCAUCUUCAUCGCCAGAGCAUUCAUCACUGGGGGGUUCCAAGUUGCUUAUGUCUACACGCCUGAGGUAUAUCCCACAGCCACCAGAGCUCUGGGCAUUGGGACCUGCAGUGGGAUGGCCAGGGUGGGUGCCCUUCUAACUCCCUUUGUGUCACAGGUGCUGCUCAAGAAGUCUGUGUACCUCACACUGUCUGUGUACUGCAUCUUUUGCCUGCUGGCCACAGGAGCGUCCAUGCUGUUGCCCAUUGAGACCACAGGCCUGGGCCUGCAGGAGUCUAGUCGAAUCACAGCCGGUCAGGAGGAGAUGAAAACAGGCCAGAUGUCAAAUGGCUCUGAGGCUUCACCAACGCACACCAGCUAUGGAUCAUCCUAUAACAGCUGAUGAGGACAAUAGGGAGUAAGCCGUUGAGAGAAAUAAAGGGCACUUAUUCCCACUUUAGUCUUAUCAAGUUAUUUCUCACGGAUGCCACACAAAAGGAUAUUAAAGAUGGGACAGUUUACAAGCUGGAACCCCACGCAGACCUUAUUGGAUGGGGAGAGAACUCAAGUUACAGCACAUUAGCAAGACUACACUUACGUUUGCACACCAGCAUUUUUAACGGGACUUUGAUGACUGAGUAUUUAUGGAUAUUGUGUAGCCUGAGAGGCUCAGAUCAUUUUUCUAUGAAUUUUGCUACAACUAUUUUGAUCAUUUAAGAGUGUUCAUAUUCAUUAUUGCAAUACAUGGGUGCAUAUCUGUGCAUGAGUUCUGAAA